GCUUGUGUUCCUUUCUCCCUCUAUUCUCUUUUCUUUUCCCCCCUUUUUCCCCUGCCUAUCUUCUCUCUAUUCAAUGCUCCUUUUGUUGAGUACUUGCCGUCUCAGAGGAGGAGGGGCCAGAGGGCGGCCAAUAAGAGGUGAAAGGUGGUUACAAGGAGUGGAGUAGGAGACAGAAAUGCUGACAGAAAAGCCCUACCACACCCCCUCUCUCUCUGUGUGCAUCUCUUCUCCCCUCCUUCCCCAACACCAACAGCUCCCCCAGCUAGCUGUUACAAGCCUGUGAAAAAAAAAAGAGACGGCAGGACGUGUUCAAAAGGACAAGAUCUUCUUUGCAGUACAGUGGAUGAAACUCCAAGGCUGAUUCUUCAAUUCGCCAGUGUGCUGCUUCAAACAAGGCAAAGCACAAAGCAGUGUGUGAGAGGAGAGGAGAGCUGAGAAGAGAAACAAACAGACAAACAAACAAAGAGGAGGCCUCUUCCCCCCUCUCCUCUGUGCUUGUUGCAUGCUUUUGCUACAAGGAUGAGCUAGCUAGCAGUGGCCAUGGUGCACGGCGAGGAGAGUUCUUGGAGGAUGGAGAGGGCAGCGCUGCCUCUCAACCAGGCGUUCGCGUAUGGAGCCCAAGCCCACGCCGCCGCCGCACCGCCGACCUGCUUCCUGGACUUCCAGCCUGCGGCGGCAGCCGCUGCCUACUUCGGGUUCGGGGAGCUGGAGGAGGCCCUCAUCCAUGGCGGCGGCGGCGCUGGCAACGCCCACGGCGUCGAUCCCGGCGUGAUCAUCAAGAACGACGUCGCGCAGGCAAAGUCGGCGGCAGCGGCAGGAUAUCUCGCGGGCGCUGGCAGGCCCCCCACGCUGGAGAUCUUCCCUUCGUGGCCAAUGAGGCAUCAACAGCAGCUACACAGUGGGAAUUCGCAGUCAGUAGGGAGCACCACUGACUCGAGCUCAGCUCAGAACACAAUGUCUCAGAUGGAGUUGGUGUCCCCAGCCUCCUCUGCGCCGAGGCAGGAGGUCAUGAUGGUGACCACUGAUGAUUACAGCUACAAGCCAGGCCUCGCCGCUGCGCCCGCUGCUGCUGCCGCCCCGCCACCGAGCUUUCAGCAGCACCACCCGCUCCCGCUGCAGCUGCACGGAGGAGACGGAGGAGGAGGAGGGGGAGACCAUGACAAGAGGAAGCAUGGAUCCACAAGAAAAGAUGGCAAGUUGGUAGAUGCCAAGACGGAACGGCGGCUGGCGCAGAACAGAGAGGCUGCGAGGAAGAGCAGGCUGAGGAAGAAGGCUUACGUGCAGCAGCUCGAGACUAGCAGGAUCAGGCUUCAGCAGGUCGAGCAUGAGCUCCAGAGAGCACGGUCACAGGGCCUGUUCGUUGGAGGGUGCAGCGCCGCCGGGGACAUGAGCUCUGGCGCCGCCAUGUUCGACAUGGAGUACGCGCGGUGGCUGGACGACGACAGCAAGCGGCUGGCGGAGCUCCGAGCUGGGCUGCAGGCGCAGCUGCUGGACGGCAACCUGGGGCUCAUCGUGGAGGAGUGCAUGCAGCACUACGACGAGCUGUUCCAGCUCAAGGCGGCGCUCGCGCGCUCCGAUGUCUUCCACCUCCUCACCGGCGCCUGGGCCACCGCCGCCGAGCGCUGCUUCUUCUGGAUGGGCGGCUUCCGCCCGUCUGAGCUGCUCAAGAUCCUGAUACCGCAGCUGGACCCGCUGACGGAGCAGCAGCUGCUGGGGAUCUGCAACCUGCAGCAGUCGUCGGAGCAGGCGGAGGAGGCGCUCGCCCAGGGCCUGCACCAGCUGCACCAGUCCCUGGCCGACACAGUCGCCACCGGCACGCUCAACGACGGCGCCGCCACCCCCAACUACAUGAACAUCAUGGCCGUCGCAAUUGAUAAGCUCGCCUGCCUAGAAAACUUCUAUCAACAGGCCGACAAUCUAAGGCAGCAGACGUUGCAUCAGAUGCGCCGGAUCCUGACCACUCGGCAGGCUGCACGGUGCUUCCUCUCCAUUGGGGAGUACUACAGCCGCCUCAGAGCUCUCAGCAACCUCUGGGCUUCCCGUCCCCGCGACAACUUCAUCGGGACAGAGAGCCUCAGCCCCACAGCAACGGAACUGCAAGCCCUGCACCACCAGCAGCAGAACCAGUUCACUGGAUUUUGAGGCCUCACCUGGUGCUGGAGGGUAACUUUGGCGGCGAGGGUGAUGUUACAAAGAUUAGAGGUUUUGAGAGGGAGAUGCAUUGUAAUGUUCUUAUCAUUAAAGUACUGAGAAAGCAACAUCACUAGGCGAAAAGGGCGGGGAGAAGGAAUUGCUGUGGUGCGAUGUUGGGUGGCUCACCUGUUCAUAUGGCUCUUGAACUGAUCGAAGGGUUAGCACCGCAGAAUUUUUGUGCGUAGCAGGAGAAAACAAUGCAGUGGCAGAAGAUUCUGGCUGCUCACUUGCCAGAGAGGACUAAUUGCAAUUAGAGUGACAGAGUAACCAUUAAAUACCUUUCCAAAUCAAGUAUUUUGGCACACAUUUUCGGUA